AUGUCUAUGAUCAAUGUAGCUGUCGGGGGGAACACCCAUCCUUCAAUAAAAGAAGGGAGAUUGGGUGAGAAUAAUGUGUUUUUGCCACGUCAUUUUCAAAGUUCCAAAGGAAAAUCUGUCUCCAAGGGGGUUUUGUAUACAAAGUUUCGGUUUCUUGCAUCUUCUCUGCAGGAACUUAUCCAAUACAGGAACGGAACAGAACAUGCCAGUAGUGCCAUAUCAGUUACACAGAACAGGAAAACUUGUUAUUCGAGAGGCAAGGGUAGGAGAUUGUUUCGGAGAGAUAGGAGUGCUUUGUUACAGGCCACAGCUAUUCACAGUCCGCACCAAACGGUUGUGUCAGCUACUGCGGUUGAAUCGUACUUCCUUCUUGAACAUCGUUCAGUCCAAUGUUGGAGAUGGAACUAUAAUAAUGAACAAUCUCCUUCAGCAUCUGAAAGAGAUGAAAGACCCGGUGAUGGAGGGAGUUUUAGCAGAGACAGAGAACAUGCUCGCUCGGGUAGGAUGGACCUACCUCUCAGCCCAUGCUUUGCUGCAAUCAGAGGAGAUGAUCUUUUACUGCACCAGCUAUUGAGACGUGGCUUGGACCCAAACGAAUCAGACAACAGCGGGCGUACCGCACUGCAUAUAGCAGCAUCAAAAGGAAGUGACAACUGUGUUCUCCUACUCCUAGAUUAUGGGGCGGAACCCAACAGCAGAGAUUCAGAAGGAAGUAUCCCUCUGUGGGAAGCAAUUCUCCAAAAACAUGAAUCGGUGAUCAAAUUGCUGGUGGAGAAUGGUGCAAAUAUCUACUCUGGUGAUGUGGGCCAGUUUGCUUGCACGGCUGUUGAGCUAAACAACUUAGAACUGCUCAAGCACAUUGUCCGUUAUGGGGGUGAUGUCACUUUGCCUAAGAACAAUGGAACAACCGCUCUCCAUGUCGCUGUCUGCGAGGGGAAUUACAACAUAGUCAAAUUUCUAUUAGACCAAGGGGCCGACAUCGACAAACCCGAUGCCCAAGGUUGGUCUGCAAGGGCUCUGGCUGAUCAACAGGGCCACGAAGAGAUAAAAGCCCUCUUCCAAGCCAAGAAAGAGUGUGCUGAUCACUCCAUCCUGGUCUCCAAUCCCCCAAGCGUGAAGUUCAUUGGGAAGUUCAAGAGCGAGCCAUCAAUCCGCCCAUCAUCCCAUGACAGCAUGCCCCUCAUUGGUGAGGGGGGGUCUUGGGGGACCAACCUUCGCAGGCGUAAGAUCAACAACUUCCACAACUCACUGUUUGGGAUCAUGUCUGCUGCUCAUGCAGAUGACAGGAGCCCGCUUCCUUCUGCGGGCCCCUCAAGAUGCAUCAGGCCAUGCAGCAUUCACCGUGCUAGGAUCACGAUUAGCUGCCCCAAGAAGGGCGAUGUGGCAGGGAAACUCAUGCUCCUUCCGGAAUCUUUUCAAGAGCUGCUUGACAUUGGUGCUAAGAAAUUCGGGCUCGUCCCCACCAAAGUCCUCACCAAAGAUGGAGCUGAAAUUGAUGAUAUAGAGCUCAUAAGAGAUGGUGAUCAUCUGAUUCUUGUUGGUGAUGAUGGGGCAAGAGAAGCUGACAGCCAAAAGACGGGAGAAAGAAGGGUGGUGAGAAAGGUGCAUGGAAACCAAUCUUUUUUGUAAUAGACAUGUGCUUUUCAGCCAUUUGGCGCGCCCAUUGAUUGCCACGUUGGAUUACUGAGCUUGGACACAAGAGAUCUGGUGGGCCACUCUGUUUUUCAUGGGCUAUCACUGGAUUUUGGUUGGUGAUCUUGGUGUGGAAGUCGAUGGGAAGUGGGGCAUGGUGUGGAAGGGAGAGAAUUGAAUGAAUGAAUAGAAAGAUGGAGUUGAGAGAUUGAAGAAUGUCUAUGAUGAAUGUAGCUGUCGGGGGGGGAACACCCAUCCUUCAGUAAAAGAAGGGAGAUUGGGUGAGAAUAAUAUGUUUUUGCCCUGUCAUUUUCAAAGUUCCAAAGGAAAAUCUGUCUCCAA